GCUUCAUGAGAAUCGAUUGGGGGAUGAAUGGUGCUGAUUCGAUCAAGAAGACGUCCUAAGCGGGAGCCUCGUGAUAACAUUCUAAUGUCCCACUAGACUAUCUAUGGUUAGGAUAAGUAUCUGACAAACAUUCGGCGGGCCGAUUUCAUUCACCUCCCUGGCUCUCACCUUUCCACGGUUCCCAGCCCUCAAAAUGGAGGAAGCGCACAUCAACCGAAACCUGCAGCGGCAACGAGUACGAUCUGCUUGCGUUCGGUGCAAGCGUCAGAAACUGAAAUGCGAUGACCAUCGGCCUUGUACACUUUGUUCAAGAGCUGGUAUUGAAUGUAUUUCUGAACUUGGAAAAAAGCAAAGAAAAAGAACAAGAACCUCGUCAAUACCGCAGCCCGUCCGAAUAAGAAGCCAGCCAGCCCAAAACAGCACCUCAAUACAGCCUCAAAACUCUGGACCAAAGACCCCUGCAGAACAUGACGAACAGCUUCAUGGAGUUGAACAGACGUCGAAUACAUUUAUGCAAGUGCGUCCUUGCGCAUCACCGACCGGAUUGACGCAUAGCAUCGUCGACAUUUACGACCGACAUCGAGAUUUGAGCAAUGAGACAUCCGCCAUUCCUGGAGGAACUACUAUGCUUCCAUUUUCAAACAGCGAAGAAGGAGCUCCAAUAUACGGGCUUUUUAGUAUCGAUCUGCCAUCUCACAGCAUUUCUAGUCAUUUGCUUAAGGCCUAUUUUACUAAAGUCCAUUCCAUUCUGGACCUCUUCCAGGAAUCAGCCUUCAGGGCUAAGUAUGAACCGAUGAUACUCUCCAAAAGAGAUCCGAGUCGAAAGAAAAAUCAAAUCAUCCUACUUUUCUUGGUCCUUGCGCUCGGUGCCAAAUAUGUUGACCCGACAACUGUUCCAGAUUGCAUUGCACUAGGAGCAAAGCUGUUUCGAGUUGUUGAAGAACGCCUUUUGGAAGUAUGGGACGAGUCCGGCAUUGAAGCUGUUCAGAUCUGCGUACUCCUCAGCUCUUAUUAUCUUUGUUAUGGCAGACCAAAUCGAGCCUUCGUUAUCCUUGGCGCUGGUGUACGGUGUGCACAGGCUAUCGGGCUGCACAAAGAGCAUUCGUGGAAGAACAUUUCACAAAUUGAGAGAGCAGAAUGGGCGAGAACUUGGUGGGUUUUGUAUGUUUUCGACCGCUUCUCUUCAUUCACAUUUGGACGGCCUUACAUGAUCCGGGAGUUAGACUACGAAGUCAGCAUACCUAAAAACAUGGACGACACAGAAGGUCAUCCUCGCUACCGCUCCUUGGAGGAUUUGGAAGAUGGAACGCACGAACGCGUCAAUAUCUUCUCACACUUCCGAUACAAGAUCAAAUUAUACAGAAUUGCUACACCGAUUAUCGAUGAUCUAUAUGUCCGAACAAAAUAUGUGGAUGGAAAAGCGCAAAUCAUCGGUACACGACUGGAAGAAACUCACAAGGAAUUGGUCAAAUGGUACUCAGCUCUACCACCGGAGCUCCAGUACAAAGGUCCAAUACAGCAUACAGGUACACAGGAAGCAGCCAUCAUUGACCGGUUCAAUAUUCAGGCUCUCGAGCUUCAGCUCGCGUAUGACAACAUCCAGAUUCUGUUGCAUCGCUCUCGCCUCUCAGUGGAUAAUCCUCUUCAAUCAGUAGCCAAAAAAGCUUCGCAAGUAGCAAUCAGCAGAAAACAAUGCUGGGAAUCGGCGAUUCGGUCCUCAAAAAUCGACAUUAACCACAAGGCUGUGUCUGAUCUAAGAAAAACACAUGGCGCAGCAUAUAUGAGCGUCCGACUAUUAACAGCCGCUCUUGUUCUCAGCAUUUUCGCCCUUUCGAGUCCCCUUUCUACACUGGCGCAAGAGGCAAAGCAGGCAAUAGCUCGCAUACUUGCCAACUUCAAUGCAAUGAAGCGGAAUAAUCUGCUUUCAGCGCAAGGCGCAAAGAUUAUAGAAGAAUUGAUUCGGCUUCUUCUGAAGAGAGAGAUGAAUGGUAUUCUCGGAACAGAUGCGGAGGCAAGCUUACCAGAAAUUCGUGUCGAGUCAUUACAACAACGCUCUGCUACGUCUCCACCUCCGGAUACCAAUAUCUUCUCGACUAUCCAACCAUCGGUUGCCAACUUUGAGGACUCAGACUUCUUGAGUAAUGCACCACGGUUACCUAAGGAUUUUCACAGCGGUCAAGAUGCAAGCAAUGAGAUCACUCUGCAGGAAACAAAUCUACAAGAAACAGAUCUACUGUAUGGAAUCGGUUCGGUGCAACAAGUGAUUACCGACUGUAACAAUUGGCCGGACUUCGACCAACAACAAUCGAACGCAAACUCUACCUUAGGCUCUUUCUCACUCGAUUGCUUCAGCACUGGCAACCGGGGCACCAACUUUGGUGACCUAAACAAUUACGGUCAAGCUUGGCUUUGGGAUCAGGAUUUGGUCUAACGAAAUUCCAUGCACUGCCUUAUUUUAUGUUCCAUACACUAGUCGUUAUCGCUGGGCGGUAUAUCCCGCCUGGCUGUGACGGAAGUUGGUCUUCCGGCGUAAUGGCUUUGCCUGCUUCCGGUGGAAGUUAAGCCUGGUUAGCGAGAAAACUUCCGGUGGAACUUUCAGCCAAUCAUGUUGCGCGGAUCGUUUA